CAUGUGUCAGAAACAAGGGAGUAGACGAUGAGAACAGGAGGAUUUAGUUUGGCACAGGAGCUUUCUACCAGCACAUGAAAUGCAUCAAGAACAUUAUGGGCUUAAAAUCAUUGUGAUUCUACAGAUCACAAUGUCUCUUUACUCUAUUGUGUCGUCUUUAGCUCCUGUCCAUGGAGUAAAUAUCUGUCAGGAGGGAAACAGGAUCAUCUGCAGCUCAGAGGAGAUCUACCCCCAAACUGAAGUCAGUUGGUCCUCCAUCCCUCCAUGCAACACCACUCUGCAGAAUAGAACUAAGGUUUCAGACCGUGGUUCUGAUCAAACCUAUAAAUGCACCGGGGUCACUCAUAAAAACAAGAGGAGCACAAUUUUGAAACCUGAGGUUGUCUGCCAUUUCAUGGAGAGCUGCAUCCUGCCCUGUAAAUUAGAGAACGGAGGUGAAUUAGUCCUCCACUGGUUUUAUUCAGAAGGAGACCUUCUUGUCCACUCCUUCUACCAAAAUCAAGACCAGCUGGGAACCCAAGACCAGCGCUUUAGAGACAGAACCUCCCUGUUCAAGGACCAGUUUCCCAGACAUAACUAUUCACUUAAACUUACCGAGGUGAGGAUUCAGGAUGAGGGCAGAUACAAGUGCUUCAUGAGCACCACCACUGGAAACAGGUAUUCAUUUAUCAACCUCAAAGUUGAAGCUCCAGUCUCUAAAGUCAGCCUCUCCCAGGUAGAAAACAGGAUCACCUGCAGCUCAGACGGCAUCUACCCUGAACCUGAACUCACCUGGUCCAUAAACCCUCCAUCCACUGCUCUGCAGAACAGAACCACAGUCCAGCAGACUGAUAAGCAGCUUUAUAACAUCAGCAGCUCCCUGAUGGUUUCAGGCAAUGGUUCUGAUCUGACCUACAGCUGCACCGUCGGCACUCUGGGGAAAAAGAAGACAGCUACUGUGAGGCAACUAUCAACCAAGACCACCAGCAGUGUGACAACAAUCCAUUGCCCCGGCUCCGACACUUCUACAACAGGCCUCAUUUGGAGGUUCAACCAAACUCAGAUCAUUCUGAACCAGACGAAGGCCAACCUCCACCCGAUAGUUUCAGACGAGUGGAAGAAACAUGUGAAGGACGUAUCAGAGUCAGGAAGCCUCACGUUACAGGAUAUAACGUCAGAUCAGGAGGGGGUUUACUCCUGUGAAGUCAGCAAAGAAGACAAGACGAUAAUUACAAACAUCUCUGUGAGAAUCAGUCCAGGUGAGGCCAAAGAGAAUCCAGCUGUUGUUGCAGGAAUCAUCAUUGGAGUGAUUAUGGGGUUGGCCAUCAUAGCAGGAGUAAUAACCAUCAUCGUCAUUCGGAAAUGCAGGAAAAACGCAGGGGAAGCUGAAACUGGACUGUAAGUACCCGCCUCGGGUCGAUUGGAGACAGCCCUUUAAGAAUCAAGCAGAUCAAUUGAUGCAGGCCUUAAAGGAUGCACCUGGACAACAGAUCUACCAGCACCAUGUGUUUUUUACUGUCUAACAUGAUGCUUUAGCUUUGUUCCUGCUGACCGUUCUACACACAUGCCUCAAAGUUUGAAAGAAAAAAGGUUUAUAGAUUCAAUGGACAAUAUAACUAAAGUUUACAUGAUUUCUUUAAUCAUUUUCAUUGUGUCACCUUGGAUUUAGGUGUUUAUUUUAGAAUUUGAUUUUGUUCUUUUGUGACUGAAGCUGUUUACUAAUCAGCCUUUUUUUGUUUUCUUUCAAAAUGUAUCAGGGUCUGUAUUUAGGAUUUUGUUCAGGAUCUUAAAAUACAGCAGUUGGUUAAUUUCUCUAAAUCACUAAAUCUAAAGGUUCCAAGCAUUUUAAUUAAUAAUGUUUAUGAAUGUUGAAAACAGUAUUUUUUUUUAUCCUUAAUAUCUUUGAAAAUAUGUUUCUAGGUAUGAUUUUUGGACCAUAAGGUCUGUUUACAUGUAUUUAAUAAGAUGUCUAAAACCAGUAAGAAUGGUGGAAAAACAAGACAUAUCUUGAAUAACAAAACUUUUAUUGGAUGGAUUAUUGUGUUGAAGUCUGGGUUACUACAUACAAAACUUCUCUACAAAAAAUUUGCACAAUCCAUAAAGGAACUAUAAGGCUGGUACACAAUGUUUGGUAUCGUGAAGCAACUUUUUUUUUCCAACCAUUACUGAUGAAAGUUAUGGAUUUGGUACAAUUUUAAACUUCACAGGUGAUUUUCAAAGCUAGAAAUAAUAAGCUUCCAAAAAAAAUUCAAAACCUGUUCAACAAUAGAGAGGGAAGGUGGUACCUUAGGGGGAAAUGUAAUUUAAAGCAACCAUGUGUUUGCAGCACUCUUCAAAGCAUAUUGGUUUGUGAAGUGAUUUUGUGGAAUACCUUAAACCAGCGAUUCCCAGAGGGGUGCAUGGCCUGCCACUAGGGGUCCUAAAAUAAAGUUUUAGCAGCAAAACAUCGGUCUGGUGCAGACCCGGCUGCAGAAACAAAUUACAGGGGGGGCAUUCCAUUUUUUCAGGGGGGCACACUUUUUCAAAAGAACAUUU